AUGUCGCCGCCGUCGAAUCUUUCCGACAAUGGCGCGUCGUCUCCUCUCCGCGACUCCAAUCCACCUACAGUCGCCGCCUUCUCUCCCACAACGAUAGCCGGCUCGUCGCUCGCAUCUCGACAGCGUUCGAGUGUCAUCGUCCAUCGAAAAUCUCCUCUCUUAGUCGCUACUCCCCCGCCGGUCACCCGCGCUCUGGCGCAUUCGCAUCCCUUCUUACUACCGCUGAAUAAACUCGCCGGACUGCUGACAUGGUCGAGCGGUGAUUCAUGGGCAAGCUUUCUGCUUGUGGCCGGGUUUUGGGCCAUCGUCCUCUACUCAGAUGCCAUUAUCCUGUACGCUGGCCCCAUCCUGGUGGUCACGGCAUUGAUUUUGGGCAUGUACUCGAGACGGUAUUCGCCUCUGUCGUCGACCGGGGUGACGGGGGAAAAACAUCGGCAUAAAAAGCAAUCGCCUGAAACGCUCGCUACUCGACACCAAAAGAGUUUGGAUGAAAUUGUCGAGACAAUGAGAGAGUUUACCACUCGUUGCAAUAUCAUGUUGGGUCCAUUACUAGAAAUGACCGAUUUUCUUUCUACGCAGAGUACGGCGACAUCUGCCACUACCAGACCUGCUCUUACAUCGCUUUUGAUUCGAAUUAUUUGUAUUACACCCAUUUGGAUUCUCCUUACACUUCCCCCCCUAUAUAUCAUCACCACUCGCCGCGUUAUUCUUGCAGUCGGCACCGUCGUUCUUACAUACCACUCGAGCCCUGCUCGCGUCUUUCGGGUCAUCCUGUGGAGAUCUCUCGCCAUCCGCCGGAUCUGUACUUUCCUGACAGGUCUCAACUUUUCUACCGAAGCAAAGCCGAAAGAAAAAACACAAUCUCGGUCCAAUGGCUAUGCGACUGCGAUUGCAACAUCAUCAAAAAGUGACGGCGGGGUGCGUUUUACCUUCAUCUUGUAUGAAAACCAGCGACGAUGGCUGGGUAUUGGAUGGACAUAUUCUUUGUUCCCCCAUGAACGCAGUGCCUGGACUGAUGAGCAUUUGAAUUCCGUGCCACCGAAAGAUAAUUUCGAGCUGCCUGACGCCAAGGAUGGGAACGCGGCAUGGCGCUGGGUUGAAGGAAGCGAGUGGCGCAUCGAAGGCAGUGACGAUUCGGGUGAUGGAGGCGGUUGGAUCUAUUACGACAACAAGUGGCAAGAUGGACGCCGUGGACAAGACAGCUGGGGCAAAUAUACCCGUCGCCGCAAGUGGUAUAGGGAUGCUGAGCUUGUAGAAACCGAAGACACUACUACUAGCGAGAAUGCGGAUAAAGUACAAGAUGAUACAGCCUCAAUAACAGGGAGCGUGCGAAAAAGGCGCUGGUUUGGCGGUUCAAAGGACAAAAAUAUUCCCACGUCGCCGUCCAGUAUCUCUGUAGCUUCCACAAGCCAAAUCCCUGAAAACCCAUCCCUGGAGAAAGUGGCCAGCACGAGUGCGACUUCCAGGCCGAUCAGUAUGCAGCAUUCUCGGACAGCUUCCUUCGGCGUGUACAGCACCAGUCCUGGUCAGCAGAGUUCGGCCAGUUCACAGCGCCGAACGCUGGGCAGUGGUGACGGUGACAGCCAGAGCAUUCGGGAUCGAGAACUUGAAGAAUCACAGGACCGGCAUGACCGAUGGGCGGCUCGCGCGAGCAGUGGCACAGAGCGGGCGGAGAGAGAGCUGGGACUGGGAGAUGAUGUCAACAUGGGGUUGAGUUGA